UUUUAAGAAAUUUUUAUAUAGUUUUUAAUAAGAAUGUUUCAAUUGAAACCAUUCAAUUAUCAAUUUUGCUCGCUGGCUGACAGACAUGGCAAACCGGGAGAUUUGUGCCAGAAGAUUCUUCAAGUUGAUAUCAAAAACGAAGAGAGUUAUUUUGACUUGAUGCGAUUUGUUCUGAUCGUGUUUUCUCUCAAUGGUUUGCUAUAUGGUCUGUUCGACUUUGUGAGCAAUUGUGCUAAAAAGUAUCCCAAGACGGCGACAUUGUGGCAUAAUGACAGAUUCCUUCUCUUUCCUCCAGUUGUAACUCGAUGUUUUAGAGUGACUUGUAGUUUUAUUCAACUCAGUUCCUGGAUAAUGCUGUGCUACGCCACUUUUAAACGCUCGACCGGACUUAUGAUGCCCUGGCUGAUUUACCAUAUUGCUGGCUUAGUACUAACUCUUCUGAAGAUUUCCCUUAAAGCCUCAAUCGGCCAUGUUGAGUGGAGUGAAAUUAGACAUAAAUUGCUAGCAUUUAAAGUUUUCAUCAUUGGAUUCGUAUACUUUUGCAGGAAAUACUAUGAAACUACUGACUUUGAAAUAUUAAACAGUCAGGGUGUAAGUUUGAAAUCGAAAACUGUACAAUAAGUAAAAAAUUGUUUACUUAUUAUAGGCUGAACUUUUAUAGAUUUAGACAGCAUUGGAAAUUUAUUUAAAUUACAGUCUUAUACAUUCUGACCUUCUGUUUAAA